AUGGAGGCUGUCCCGCAGCCCCCCCAGUCCCCGGAGCCGCCCCGGGGCACCCCGGUGCCGCCGCGGGACGCGGCUCUGGCGGUGGCGGAGGUGGCGGUGCUGGCUCUGCUGCUGGCGCUGGCGCUGGCCGGGAAUGUUCUGGUGCUGCUGGCGCUGCGCGCCCCUCGCGGGGUCCCGCGGGGUCCCGGGCAGCCCCCGGCCCGCCCCGCGCGGCCGCUCCGGCGCUACCUGCGGCACCUGAGCCUGGCGGACCUGGCGGCCGCGGCCGGGCAGGUGCUGCCGCAGCUGCUUUGGGACCUCACGGAUCGGUUCCGCGGUCCCGACCCGCUCUGCCGCCUCACCAAGUACCUGCAGGGAGUCGCGAUGUUCGCCUCGGCCUACGUGGCUGUGGCCAUGGCCUGGGACCGCCACCGAGCCAUCUGUCACCCCCUGGGGACACCGGGGACACGGGGGGCGCGCUGGGACGCGCUGGCCACGGCCUGGGCGCUGGCGCUGCUCUUCGGGCUGCCCCAGGUCGGCAUCUUCGGGCAGCGCGAGGUGGCCCCGGGCGAGAGCGACUGCUGGGCGACCUUCGCGCAGCCUUGGGGCGCCCGCGCCUACGUGACCUGGGUGGCCGUGGCCGUGCUGGUGGCACCCGCGGCGCUGCUGGCGCUGCUGCAGGCGGCCGUGACCCGAGAGCUGCGGCAGCGGCGCCGGGGGCUCCGCCGGGCCCGCGCCAAGAGCCACCGCAUGGCCCUGGUGGUCCUGGGCGUGUUCGUGCUCUGCUGGGCUCCCUUCUUCUGCGCCCAGCUCUGGGCGGUGUGGGACCCCCGCGCCCCCCGGGAAGGGCCGGCCUUCACCAUCCUGAUGCUCCUGGCCAGCCUGACCAGCUGCACCAACCCCUGGAUCUCGGCCGCCUUCAGCACCAGCCUGGCCCGGGCCAUGGCCCGAGUGCUGUGUCCCUGCCGCCACCCCCGGGGUGACACCGGGUGACACCGGGGGACACCGGGGGACACCGGGGGACACGGGGCCAUGGCCGCCACCCCCGGGGUGACACGAGGACGUCAGUGAGGAUGGGGCUCACGCUGGUGACCUGCGGGACACGAGGAUGCACGAGAGGGACCCACCCGGGGAUUUGGGGGGGUCUCGUGUCGCCCAAGGGACUCCUGGGGUCACACAAAGGACUCGGGGUCACACGAGGUUUGGG